UGAAUUAAACGAAGGGAAUAUGGAAAAAUCCAGACCCUCUGAAGAGAGUAUUUCCCCAACUGGCCAAAUACCUAAGAGGUGGAGGUCAAGAAACUAAAAGAAGAAAAAGAAAUGCAUAACAUAACCUCCAUGGACUUAAUGUCAAGGUCAAGUUAAGUCAAGUUAAUGAAGGGACAAUAAAAAUUGAUAAGGACUUCUGUAUGAGCUUUCGUAACGUUCGGUUGUGUGACAGUUCAGUGUGGAAGUGAUAAUUCAAAAAAAACGCAGGCGGCAAAAACAAAAUAGGAACUACAUAAUAGAGCUACAGAAAAACAAGAAGAAGGACAAGGACCACAUAGGACCAAAAAAAAAAAAUAGAUCUGAAGUUGACAGGACACCUGGUUGUGCAUUGCCUUGAGCAAGACGCGCAUAACCAAUAACAUGUACUGGGUAAAUGAUUAAAAAAAAAUCGAAACCCAAAAAAAAAGGAAGAAGAAGUAAAAAUUGAUAAUAUAAUUAUAAAUUCAAAUAUUCCGUUGGUCGUUGGUUAAUAUAUUCUUAAGAUGGAAUAUAAUGAAAAUAUUAAAGAUUCUAGAAGCCAAGAAAUAAUAACAUGUAUUAAAGAUGAAGGAGAUUUUACAAAGGAAGAUGACUAUAACAAUAAAGAAGUUAAAUCUGAAGUAGAUGAAUACCGCUUUGAAAGCAGUUAUGGACAGGAAUGUGUAGAUGAGUAUAGUUCAGAUGAUAUUAAAAUAGAAAACCAUUUAUUAGAAUAUGUAUCUAAUGAAAGUAAGGUUGAAAUAACAAAUGAACUGGAGAAGUCUAGCAUUGUUGUUCCAAAGGAUAUUUUAAUGGAAAUUACCAAACCGUUCAAUGCUCUCAAAGUUAAUUUGAAAAGUUGUACAGGAAAAAGACCAUACAAAUGUGAAAUUUGUAGUAAACAGUUUACUCAACUAGGUAGUUUAAUGUACCAUAUGAGAGUUCACAGUGUAGAAAGAUCUUAUAAAUGCGUAAUUUGUAGUGAGCAGUUUACUACUACAAAAGGUGUAAAGGGUCAUAUGAGAAUUCACAGUGGUGAUAAACUUUAUGAAUGUGAAAUUUGUAGUAUGCAGUUUCCUCAUCUAGGUAGUUUAAUGAAUCAUAUGAGAAUUCACAGUGAACAAAGAUCUUAUAAAUGCGUAUUUUGUAAUAAGCAGUUUACUACUACAAGUUUUUUAAAGGGACAUAUGAGAAUUCACACUGGUGAAAAACCUUAUGAAUGUAAAAUUUGUAGUAAGCAUUUUACUUUAAGAGGUACUUUAAGUACUCAUAUGAGGGUUCACACUGGUGAAAAACCAUAUGAAUGUGAAAUUUGUACUAAGCAUUUUAUUGUAAAAGUUACUUUAGAUAAUCAUAUGAGAGUUCACACUGGUGAAAAACCAUAUAAAUGUGAAAUUUGUAGUAAGCAUUUUACUGCAAAAGGUAAUUUAAAUCGUCAUAUGAGAGUUCACUCUGGUGAAAACCCAUAUAAAUGUGAAAUUUGUACUAAACAUUUUACUUCAAACAAUAAUUUAAAUAGUCAUAUGAGAGUUCACACUGGUGAAAAACCAUAUAAAUGUGAAAUUUGUACUAAGCAUUUUACUACAAAAGGUAAUUUAAAUGAUCAUAUGAGAGUUCACACUGGUGAAAAAUCAUAUGAAUGUGAAAUUUGUAGUAAGCAUUUUACUGCAAAAGUUAAUUUAAAUAAUCAUAUUAUGAGGGUUCACUCUGGUGAAAAACCAUAUAAAUGUGAAAUUUGCCCAAAACACUUUUCACAAAAACGUUCUCUAAGUAGACAUAUGGCAGUUCAUUCUGGCAAUAAGCAAUAUAUUCAAUAGCACAAUUUAAAUAAUAAUACAAAAAAUCAUAAACAAAGUCUUUAUAAAUGAAAUAUUCAUGUUAAGUACACUCCUGGUCAAAAAAACCGAAGCUAGGACAAUUAAUCCGCGGAAAAAUACUCCAGGACAAAAAAUCGCUACAAAUUAUCCCUGGACGAAAAAUCCCCAGACAAACAAUCCAGGGACAAAAAAUUCCCACAAAAAAUCUCCGGACAGAUAAUCCCUGGACAAAAAAUCCCCACAAAAAUUUCCGGGCAAAAAAAAUCCAAGAAAAAUUUGCUGCUGAAUAGUUCUCUAAAAGUUUUCCCGUGAAUGCAAUCGACGCAAAUGUUUUUCAGCCUCAGUGCAUGAGAGUUAUAGCAAUCGCCUUGAAACCACUUUUCGGCACGAAAAUAAUGAUUAGCAACUAAAAUUAAGCAUAAAUUGUAAUUUCGAUUACCAAAUUUCGAAUUCCAAUUGUGAUUUUUUCCAAAAAUUGUGGAAGAUAUGUGGAAUAAGCUAAGGCUGUGAGAAUCAUGUAAUUAUUCGCUUAAAUCUUUUGCUCAUUCUGCUUUGAAUAACUCUGUUCAAAACAUUGUCUAUUCGUGAUGAUAACUGCUGGUCCUGAAAACGAUCAUCUUGAUUGUAAUUAAGGUGACCAACUGUACUCAUUUUACACCGAGUUUUGUACUCUUUUUCGCAAACCGUACUCUAUUCAAAUCCUGUACUCUGAAAGUACUCAUUUGUAUAAUUUGAUACUCAUUUGUAUUUCGAAAACAUUUUUUUAGAUUAUUUUAUUUCAAUUUUAUUAAUUAAAUAUUUAAUUUUAUUUAUUUUUAUUAAUUUAUUUUUUCUGUUUUCACGAUUGUAACGCCUUGCUAUUUGCUGAUGACUUGAAGUGCUUUAAAGUUAUAAAAAAUCAUUAUGAUGCUGCCAUAUUGCAAUUAGAACUGACUAACCCCUCUGUAUGGUGUUCACUUAACGAUAUGAACCUUAAUUCCAGCAAAUGUCAUGUAAUUAACUUUAACCGUACUCACCCAAUAUUAUCAAACUAUUACAUUGAUGGCCAAUUGCUCAACACUGUAAAUAAAAUCAAUGACUUGGGGAUUACACUGGGAAAUUCUCUUUGUUUCAAUACUCACAGCAUCAAUGUUAUUCAAACAUCUAUGAAAAUGUUGGGUUUUGUAAAAAGAACAACUCGUGAUUUUACAAACGUAUCCAGUAUUAGAGUUCUUUACUUCUCCUUGGUCAGUUCUCACCUCGAGUAUUGUUCUUCAGUGCGGUCCCCACACUACUUGGUCUACAUUAGGAAACUUGAACAAGUCCAAAAUAGUUUCUUCCGUUACAUUGCUUUUAAGUUUCAUACCUAUCAAGAUUACACUGUAUGGCAGCACCAACUGCAGGUCCCCUCUCUUGCAAGCCGGAGAAAACAAAGGGAUCUUUUCUAUUAUUCAAGAUCUUAAAUGGUAUAUGCAGUUGUUCUCAACUACUUAAUAAGAUCGCACUGUUUGUACCACCUCGCACCACUAAGACAAGUGCGAACAUUUUAUGUACCCUUCCAUAGGUUUAAUUAUUCACUUUUUUCGUUCGUACCCAGAGUCUUGAAUUUAGUAAACUCCCUUUACAAUUUACAAAUGCUUGACAACUCCAUCAGUUGUUUUAAAAGAAAUUUACAUAAGAUCAAUAUUUGAGUGAAACGUCUGUAAUUUGUUAACUUGUUUUUAUGUUAAUAUUUCCUAUUAUAUAUUUACUUCUAUAUUAUAUUUAUAUUUCUGUAUGUCUGUUUUUUCAAAUUAUGUUAUUGUUAUUAUACGUAUUUAUGUAACACUGUAUGUUCAAUUAAAAAAUGUAAUGUAUUUUUAUAGAAUUGGGCUUGCCCGUAAAAAAAAUGGUUAUUCAUUUUUGAAAAAAAAAAUAUUUAAAAUUAUUUUGACAGUGAUUUGAAUUUCACGCACGCAUAUUGCUUGCCGUUUCCGGCACGUCGCGUCGUCAGGGCGAGUAAAUUUAUAUUUAAAUGAAGAAAAAUUGAAGAAAUGGAACCAUGAGAACCUUUCGGCAUUUUAGAGUAGAACAUAUCCCACAUGAAAAUUUAAAAGUUUUAAUAGAAAUUUCCUUAUGCUGUCCAGACACUAAUGUUGCUGUUGAAACUAGGGUUUCACUGUGUUUUUACUAGGGAAUGAUUAUUGGAGCAGUGAGAAGUCACAACUUUCUGUAAAAACAUUAUCUGCCGUCUUAACAGUCAAAUAUAAUAUGCAAAAUGAAAGUUGUUCGGAUGUGGUUACAUUAUUAGACGAACAUCCUUAUUUAGCAAAAAAUCCACUCCGUAGAAAAAUAUGUUUAAAAAAAAAAUUGGUAGUUUUUUAUCGUUUUUUCUUCUUUUUUUUUCGCCUAUGAAAUACUUGAAAAGUGUAUUCUUUUUGAACAAAAAUAGUUGGUCACCUUAUUGUAAUGCAAAAAAUCCUGUUCCUUCUUGUGAAUUUAACGUCAAAAAUAUUUAGUAAUCAUAUCAUCAAUGGCGUUAUAACUCUUCGAGAGUCUUUGCCGUGUUUACUAUUGCCUUCCAUGUUUUUCGGUCCUGUGCCACUAUUUCCCAUUGUCUCACUCCCAUUUUCUCUGACUGCAUCUUUCCGUCUUUUUUUAGGCCGUCCUAUAGACCAUCUUCCAUCUGUCUCUCCCCGAGCAGCUCCGUCUGGUUUUAUUUGUGGAUUGUUUAAAGUUUUUUUAUGGAUGCACACAGAUCCUCAACUACGUUUUUUAAAAACCGGAUAUCGAAUAGUAAUGCUCAUAAAUUUGUUCUUAAAAGCACCAAAAAAGUGAAAAUAAUCGAAAAGCUUUGCAUACUUUUCUCGCGAUUCGUGGUUCUGAGUCUAAGAUCCUCGAAGAGUUAUAACGCCAUUGAUGAUGAUGAUGACUUUUUUUUUUGGAUUGAGGUGGAACGCUCUUAGCAGACUAGGGAAGGUGUCCCUAGUACUGUUGGACUCGGACAGGAGAGGAGAACACGCUAGGACCCACACACCAGAGUAUGAUCCAUGCGUCUCGCGUGUCCCCCAUAACCAGCCGCCUACCAACUAAAACCACCCCCUCUUCCGACCCGGAAAAUCCCUGGACGUGUUCCUUAGCGAACGAUACUUGGGGAUAUUCCGCGCAGUCUGUGAAUGGAAGCCUCAAAAGGAGGAAAAAUUUUCGUGAUCCCAUACUAUUCAUGCCCGCCUAAACGCGGCAGACAGAUAGAAGGGUGGAUUUUUAUAAGGAAGCACAUUAGCACCUGCCUGAAUCAGCAGGGGGAAGUAACUCAAAUCCUGUUACAGGAUAAAUUGGUCUCUUCUAGAGGAGAAACUGAGAAUGAGCCCUAGGAAAGAAAUAGGGUCAUGUGUCUCUUACGCCGUAAAUAUAAGUGUGUUACAGUGUCUUUUUGUUAAUAAAUAUUUUGUUUUUUUUAUUUUUAUAUUUUUUAAAUUUUUUUUGCCCACCUCAACCGUUUUGCUCAACCCGUUCAUUUAUUAUUUUUGUGACCGCGUCUAUUAUAAAUUCAAAAUUAUUUUUAUUCUCGAUAGCAAUAUUUAUUAUAUUAUGUGGGCCUAUGUCGCCCAAUCUAUUCCGAAGCCUUACCUGUUCUUGAGUAAAAACGCUACAUUGGAAAACGCAGUGUUCUGCGUCCUCCCUCACGUGACAGGCAUAGGUCCGGCAUAGGUCGUCAUUCGCUUUUCCGAUUCUGUGCGUGAACGAUCUGAAAGACCCAUGUCCGGUCAAGAAUUGGGUAAAAAAGAAAUUGACCCUCUUAAACCUGCAGCGGUACCACAGCCCCACGUUCGGUAUGAGCUUUUUAGUCCAUUGCGCCUUGGUGUGCUCCGCCUCCUACUCUAUCUGCCAUUCUGUCAGGAGCCACUCGCGGGCGGCCUCUCUUACCUCCGGCAAGUGUCCAUUUUGUUGUUCGUAUAUAUACUGACGUUCCUUGGCUAGCAGAUGGAUCGGGGGAGUGCCCGCUAUCACCUGUAGAGCCGUGGUAGAUGUGGUCUUGUAUGCACUGACCACGUUUAACAGAGGUUUCCUCUGCGCCUUAUUUAACAUAUCUUUAUAUUUUUUAUAUCGUAGGACCUCUAUCCAGACUGGGACCCCGUAUAGAAGGGUGGACUGCACAGUAUGUAGGUACAGUCUCCUCUUGGCACUACCUGGCCCUCCGAUAUUAGGUGUUAUUUUUCGAAGGGCCGUAGUUUGUGCCUCGGCCUUUCCUACCACCCUUACUAGGUGUUUAGUAAAUCCCAGUCCUCGUUGGAGGUCUAUUCCAAGAUAUUUGGCGCAUGAGGAGGGCUUGACCGCGUUGUUUCCAAGACGGAACAACAAGUCUGGUCCACUUCUCGGUGCCUUAAGGACCACCACCUCUGUCUUACUGCCUGCAAGCUCAAGAUCCUGCUCGGUCAUCCAGUCAUUCACGCAUCUAAAGCAUCGGUCGACACUAUCCACUAGUUCCCAGUGAUAUUCGUGGGUCACUAGUAUGGCUAAAUCGUCGGCGUACGCGACCGCUUCGCAAUCGCGCCCGUAAUCUAUUCGCAGCACCCCGUCGUAUAGGAUAUUCCAAAGUAUCGGUCCAAGGACCGAUCCUUGUGGAACACCUGCCGUGAGCUUCAUACUUUUACUUUUGUUUAUCGUAAUAUGCCUAUUGGAUAGAUAGCUUUUAAUCACGUUUGACGUGUCCCUGACGUUGUCCAUGAUGUGCUUGACAGCAUCUACCGCCGAUCUCGCCCUCCUGAAGCCAUAUUGUCAGAGAUAGCGUUCGCGGCAUCUAACUCCGCUAGCAAGCGGUUCUUCACAACGUUUUCAUAUAACUUGUCUAGGCAGUCAAGAAGACAGAUCGGUCGAUAGGAGCUGGCCUCUUCCGGAUCUUUACCGGGCUUCGGAAUAAGUGUGAGGCGUGCCCGUUUCAGCUCAUCAGGGAAAACCUGGGACGUAAGUAGCUGGGACAGUGCGGAUCUUACCAACUUGGGUUGUACCGCGACCAAGAUCUUAAUCGCCUCCGGUGGCACCCGAUCAGGUCCCGGCGACCUCCUCGUCUUAAUCGCUUCCACAGCUCUGGCGAGUUCCAUGGGGGUAACGGCUUCCGGGCGUUCACAUACAGCCGGCACGAACAGCAAGUCAGGCCUCAUGGGGAAAAGGAAGUUUGCAAUGUCGGGUUUCCUUUCUUCAGUGAUCCUAUAGGGAGUUUCGACUCUGAGGGUUUUGGUAGCUAUCCUAUAGGCCUCUCCCCAGAUGUCGUCUUCAAGUGCAUCGCACAGGUUCGUCCAACACAUGCGCUUGGACCUCUUUAUGAUCUUAUUGAGGUUCUUCUUGGCGCUUUUAUAUGCCUCCCUGGUCUGUAGGGUUCUUUCCCUCUGUGCGAUACGCCUCAGUCUAAAACAAUUCUUGCCUUGCCAGUUUUGCACCUCCUCGUUCCACCAGUACGGCACCGUAUAAGAAGCCUGAGUGCUGCUCGUGCUUGCCUUAUGCAUGAUGAUGAUGACUAAAUAUUUUUGAAGUUCAAUUUACAAAAAGGAACUGGAUUUUUUGCAUUACAAUCAAGAUUAUCGUUUUCAGGACCAGCAGUUAUCAUCACGAAUAGACAAUCUUUUGAACAUAUUUAUUCAAAGCAGAGUGUGCAAAAGAUUUAAGCUAAUAAUUACAUGAUGUUCACAGCCUUAGCUUAUUCCCCAUAUCUUCCACGAUUUUUGAAAAAACUCACAAUGGAAUUCGAAAUUUGGUAAUCGAAAUUACAAGCCAUGCUUAAUUUUAGUUGCUAAUCAUUAUUUUCGUGCCGAAAAGUGGUUUCAUGGCGAUUACUAUAACUUUCAUGCACUGAGGCUGAAAAACAUUUGCGUCGAUUGCAUUCAGGGGAAAACUUUUAGAGAACUAUCCGGCAGCAAAUAUUUGUUGGGGAGAUUUUGUCGAAAACAAUUUUUGUGGGGAUCAUUUGUGAGGAUUUUUUGUCCGGACCCGUUUUCUCUGACACGGGAGAGAUUAAAUGCCCAGCAAACGACGGCACUGUUGCCAGAUUUACCUUUUUCCUUUUAGCGGGAAUUUUAAAAUUAGUCUAAUGCCACUUUGGUUUUAAAAGAGAGUUCUGUAUUCUUAAAUUUAUAACCUUACUUUUACAAGUAAUUAGGAUUAUUUUAUUUACAUGUAAAUAUUGAAACAAGUAUUGUACUGUGUCAUAAUUUAAAACUAAUGUUGCAGUAUUUUGAAAAAAAAAUGAAGCUCAAAAAAAAUAUACUUAUACAGUACAAAUUAUUUUUUAAUGGGAAUGGAAAUUUACGAUUUCAAAGGUGAAAAUGUGUUGGGAUAGUAUAGAUGGACACUUUUAUUUUAGUAUUAAGUGGUUACAUAAUUAUUCAGAAUAUUAAUAAAAUUACUAGUAAUUUGAAUUAGUUUUAAUAUGUAUUAUAAUAGUAUUAAUCCUCAUCAUGUAUCUGGCUAAAUAGCUAAGCGCUAAAGCCGCAAAAUAAAAAAAAUUGAAAAAAACAUUCUUAGUGGCCUAGCACCUUUACUUUGCCUGGGGCGAGGCGAGUUAAUAAAUUCUAUUUUCUUAUUGCAGUCAUUUUGUGACGGCUUAAGAAGUUACAUUAAUGAUGUCUUUAGGCUGUGAAAUUUUAACCGUAGAAAGACAUCUUUAUGACUUGUAUUUACAUGAUAUAGGGCUUUUCACUCAGUCAUUUGUUUCGAGCUUUUGUCAUGUGUUGUCUAAUAUUAAUAUAUCUAUGUCAUAUGUUAUUGAUAUUGCCAAUGAUACAAACCAAAGACAUAUGACGUAGAUAUAUUAAUAUUAUGUGACACUUGACCGAAGCUCGAAGCAAAUGACAAUCGAUGAAAAGCCCUAUUCAAUAGGGCAUUUCAUUCACAGUCAUUUGUUUCGAGCUUUUGUCAUGUGUCACAUAAUAUUAAUAUAUCUACGUCGUACGUUAUUGGUAUAUACCAAUGAUACAAACCAAAGACGUAUGACGUAGCGUAGAUACAUUAAUAUUAUGUGACUCAUGACAGAAGCUCGAAACAAAUGACAAUCGAUGAAAAGCCCUAUUGGCGUCUGCAUAUCAGGAUCCGGUAAUACUAUAUUAUUUAUCUAUGAUCAGGAUAUUGCUGGGUGUACACAAGUAAACAACACUUUUUUGAUUAAAAGGUUUAUUUCAUUAAAUCAAAACUUACAUGGAUACAAUUUAAAUAAGAUAUUUUUUCUAUUUAAGGCAAUAUAAUAUAAGAUAUAUAUUUUAGUAUAACUCUCCUACAUUAACAAGCUUUAACACAUUCAGUGGCCAUGACGUAUGGGUAGCAUCACGAAGGUUUUACGGAAGGUACUGACGACACAUAAGUUAUGUGAGUAGUACUGUGUAACUAAAUAAAUGAUUUAAGUAUGUGGUACCAGCCAAGUGGAGCUUGUUCGAGAUGGGCACCAAACAUGUUAAUAUGGUCAUGCACAGAGACUUAUACUAUAAUAUGUUAUAUCUCAUAUUGCUCACUAUUGUAAUGAGUGAGCCUGCAUACACGAACUAUAAUAUAUUAUUAUGGUUCUGUGUAUGCAGGCUCACUCAUUACUACUGUAGUGAACAAUAUGAGAUGUAAUAUUAUGAGAUAUACCUAUUAUAUAUUAUGGUAUAGCUCUCCAUGAGUGCCAAGUUUUAAACUUAACUGAUAACAACUAAUGGAUACCCUUUUAUCCAAAAUUUUAUGAAAAUUUUGAAUGGUCAUAUUGGUAUUAAUUCCACAACCCCUUCCUAUAACAAUAGGCCCAUUGUUGGAUGUUAUUGCAGUAGUUCUACUGGAAAUACUUACUAAAAUUGUAUGUAUCUGCAUCACUUAGAAGUCUACCCAAAAAGUUAUUAAUACUCUCUAAACCAUCAUUAAUACAUCUUGUAUACAUAAUAGUAUUUUUUUCAGAAUCAGAUAUUUUAUAAGAUUUACUUACCAUGCCCUAUCUAUGUGCCAGGCACUUAACAGUCUAUUAGGAGCAAUACCCAUUACAUUUGACGAGGCAUUGUAAAAGGUGUCGCUUAUGCCUGAUAUGAAAACAUUUGACUAUACAUAUAAUACCAACACAGACAUGUAUUUAAAAAAAUUGGUAAAUUAAAGUAGGUAUCUUUUCUAUUUGAAAAUAAGAAAGCAGUACAAAAUCCAUUCCCAAAUUCAUCUUUUACUAAUACUGUCAAUAAGUUCAAAGUCAUACGAAUUGAGCCCAUGAGUUCCAUCGAUUGCUAUAAAGGAUUUACCAAACUUAAUUAACAUUUCCUUUUGGCACAGUAUUAAGGAAAUAAGACAAAAAUCAUAAAUGUUAAAUUCAGAAUGAAUAUCCAUUAGUAUGCCCUGUUGUUUGUAAAAUAAUAUUGGACAUGAGUCUGUAAGCAUUCAACCCAAAAAUAAACACUGGUUGCAUCAUCAUUGUACAUAUACCCAUCUUUCAAAUCAAUGCCAUAAGAGAGUUUAAUGUUUGAUAUCUUGUAAGUAAAUCAAUUCUUUUUAAUUCGCCUCCUAUGCUAUUAUGCUAUCCUGAACAGUAUGAAGUUUACUAAAAAAGUAAAAUAUAGGUAUAGGAGAAUCAAACACACUAGUUUGAAAUUGUAAACUGUAGUAAAUAUUCAUGAGUAAUAUUUAAAAAGUGGUUUAGUGACCUCAUAACUGAAAAAUUUGUAUAAAAUGAGUUACUUCGGUUUUCGCUUUAGAAUAAGUGUAUCAGCACCUAUUAAACAGCUUUUAGAGCUGGGAAAGCCUUUUGGAAGCCUUCCGGAAACUUUCCCAGCUGUAAUCGCUGUUUAAUAGCUGCCGAUACACUUAUUCUAAAGCGAAAACUGAAGUAACUCAUGUUAUAAAAUUUUUUCAGUUACGAAGUCCUGCCUUUCCGCCGUCGAUAUGCAAAUAUUUUACUUACAUUUUUGAAGAAAGUCUCAAAAUAAACUUUGAAGAGAUAUUUAUCUGAUUUUGGUAUUUAUGUAAGUGCUCUAUAUCAUCCUCAUGCCCGUAAUGUGUUUUAAAAUAGUUUCAAUAUUUUUAGAUAUGUACUAUACACCAAAUAAACAUUUUGCAGGAUCCUUGGGAUUUUAAAGCUCUUUCUCUAUCUUGUUUUGUAAAAUAAUUUUUUGAGGAUCACAUACAUAUACAUUCAUAAUAAGAUGUUUCAUGUUCUUGUUCUCUUCCUGUACCAUCCAUACAGUGCAAAUCUAAAAAAAACAACAUAACAGGUGAUUACAUGGGCAGUUAUACUACUUACAGCUUACUUUGUAUCUAAUCUAUUAUCUAGUAUUACUCUAUUAGUAUCUACCUACAUAAAACUAUCUUUGAAAUCUAAAUUUUUGAUAUCAACAUCAACCUUAAUACUUAAAAAAUAAAUAAUAAUGUGGAAGUUACACGUACCUACCUAAAAGUUUUUGAAUUGCAAUUUUAUCAACUGGAAAAGACUGCAACAUAAUGAGUUUGAAAUUAUGACACAGCACAAUAUUUAUUGUUUCAAUGUACAUGUAAAUAAAAUAAUAAUAAUAAUCCUAAUCACCUGUAAAAGUAAGGUUAAGAUUUUUGACUUGAGAAAACAGAACUGUCAAAUUUAAAACCAAACUGCUAUAAAAUUUUAAAAUUCCCGCUAAAAGGAAUCUGGCAACAUUGCCGUCGUUUGCUGGACAUUUAAUCUCUCCCCUCUGACACGCAGUGUACAGUCGGAAAACUGAAAGAAUACCCAUUAACGAUCAAAUCAAUCACUUAUUUUGUAUUUGCUGUCUUUUUCUAUAAAUAAUAAACGUUUGUUAUAGAAAAAGACAGCAAAUACAAAAUAAGUGAUUGAUGUGAUCGUUCAUGGGUAUUCUUUCAUUUUUCCGACUGUAUAUACCUUAAAACCCUAUAUCAGAUCAUGUUAAUUGUUGAUAAAAGUUACAAUAAAAAUAAAGUAGGUCAUGAAUUUUAUCAAAAAUUCAAUAUGUGCCCAUUUUUCGUGCCAGUGAGUGUAUUUUCUUUUAGUAAAAAAACAAAUUCUUAUAAUUUGGUUUUUGUUAUUCCAAAGGAUAUUUCAAUGAAAGUUACCAAACCAUUCAAUGCUCCCAAAGUACAUUUGAAAACUCCUACUGGAAAAAGACCAUAUAAAUGUGAAAUUUGUAGUAAGCAAUUUACUCAACUAGAUAAAUAAAUAAAUAAAUAAAUAAAUAA